CUCUGACAAGCUUGAUGUGCCGAGCUGCUCUGAAUUAGCAACAAUGUAGAUCCAGGAAGCCCUCUGGAGAGCAUAUUGUCUGUGUGUCCCUAUCAUGUAUCCUUAUGGACAUUAAUUGAUCGCUUCGUUUUGCUGCUGGGACACAUGUGUGCUGCUGUCAACACUGCGGCCGAUGAGAUGGUCGUGUUGUUUCCUCAGAGUCUCAUUCUCACGGUCAGAGCCAGGCUUCACCAUUAAACUUUCAAAAUGAGGAUUUUCAUUUCGUCUCUGCUGAAAAACACCAACCCCAAAAUCGAGUAUUACUCCAGGUUUUCACCGUCCCCGCUCUCCAUCAAGCAGUUUUUGGAUUUUGGCAGGGACAAUGCGUGUGAGAAAACAUCGUUCAUGUUCCUGCGUAAGGAGCUGCCGGUGCGGCUUGCCAACACCAUGAGAGAGGUCAACCUGCUACCCGAUAACCUGCUCAGCCAGCCCUCUGUCCGACUGGUCCAGAAAUGGUACAUGCAGAGCUUUGUGGAGCUGCUGGAUUAUGAGAACAGAAAGCCAGAGGACCCACACGCUCUGAACGACUUCCUCGAACUCUUGAUUGAGAUCCGCAACCGUCACAACGAUGUGGUUCCCACCAUGGCUCAGGGAGUCAUAGAGUACAAGGAGAGGUUUGGCUUUGACCCCUUCAUCAGCAGUAACAUCCAGUAUUUCCUCGACCGCUUCUACACCAACCGCAUCUCGUUCCGCAUGCUCAUCAAUCAGCACACACUCCUGUUUGGUAAUGACACCAAUCCAGCUCAUCCAAAACACAUCGGCAGUAUUGAUCCUACCUGCAGUGUGGCUGAAGUUGUCAGUGAUGCGUAUGACACGGCCAAGAUGCUGUGUGAGAAGUACUAUUUGGCUGCUCCUGAGCUCAAGAUUGAAGAGUUCAACAUGAAGGCCCCUAAAAAGCCCAUCCAGGCAGUGUAUGUGCCCUCUCAUCUGUUCCACAUGUUGUUUGAGCUCUUCAAGAAUUCAAUGAGAGCCACCGUGGAGCUUCAUGAGAACAGUAAGGAGGGAUUACCACCGGUGAAAGCUAAAGUCACUCUGGGUAAAGAGGAUCUCUCCGUAAAGAUCAGUGACAGAGGAGGAGGAGUUCCUCUGAGGAAGAUAGACCGUCUGUUUAACUACAUGUACUCCACCGCUCCUACACCAAGCCUGGAGCCAGGCGCUGUCCCACUGGCUGGUUUUGGCUACGGUUUACCAAUUUCUAGGCUCUAUGCCCGAUACUUCCAGGGGGAUCUGAAGCUCUACUCUAUGGAGGGCGUGGGCACGGAUGCUGUCAUCUAUCUGAAGGCCCUGUCCAGCGAGUCCUUCGAACGCCUGCCUGUCUUCAACAAGUCAGCGUGGCGGCAUUACAAGACCAGUCCCGAGGCAGACGAUUGGAGCAACCCCAGCAAAGAGCCGCGUGAUGCCACGCCACCUGAUGUGAAAAGAAAGAGGAGCGUAAAUGAAGACGUUUGAGAGACGCUUCAGUAUGGAAAGAAUUCUCAUCCUGUAGGUCCUCAGCUUUUAGCCACACUGUAAGAUUUCAUCACUGCCAAUGCCUUCGUAACCUGCCAGUCUAACUGAGCGACUCUCAGUGGCAACCCUGCUGUUAAGGAAGUGCUGUGUUAUAGGCUAGAGACAACAGUCCUCCUCAUUUAAAAGCCCCGAUUCAUUGUAUGUGAUUUAGAGGCCCGAGGAUCUUCCACCUUCAGUUGUUGUCAACCUCUACUGUUAAAGACUGUCUCUGUACCUAUGGUAUUUUUAAAAAAAAUGCUGUGUAUAUAACUAUGAAUAAUGUAUUUGCUGUAUACUGUAUGCAGCCAGUGUGGAGUGAUCGCUCUGUUAUCCAUCCUAGUGUACCUCCAGCUUAAAAAAAAAAAACAUAUUUGUAUGCAUGAACUCCUCACUGUGGAGGCAGUCGUGCAAAGAUAUGCAAUUAAUGCAACAUCAACACGCACCAAAAGAGUGCUAGAGCAGUCCAAUGAUGUGAUUCAGCAUGAGAUCAACUUACAGUACCUAUUGUCAAACCUGACAAUAAAGAAAAUCGCUGUCGUGUGUGUGAUCUGUC